AUGACUAACGUAAGCGGACUCCAGCUUUCAGUCGGUUUUUUGUUUGACGUUUUACUACGUGUUUUUCUGGCCGUACUGUUCGUAGAACUAGAGAAAGCAGAACCAUUUACGAGAAAAAUCCACGAGGAUGAAUUAUGGUUAUAUAGAAAUCCAAGGACGGAAUCGUUCGUUCCAACUACAGUAUUAUGGCCUCUUGUAUUCAUGAUGCCAAUCGCUGUGAUUUGUUUCUUUUUCAUAUGGCACAAAGACAGGAUUGAUCUUCAACAGGCGAUAUUGUCUGUAACAUUAGCUCUAGGUUUCAAUGGUCUGAUUACAGACAUUUUGAAACUCAUAGUAGGUCGCCCAAGGCCAGACUUCUUCUGGCGGUGCUUUCCAGACGGUCAAAUGAAUGCAGGAUUUAAGUGUACCGGCGAUCCAACUACUAUCAGAGAUGGCAAGAAAUCAUUCCCAAGCGGACAUUCCUCAUUUGCGUUCGCGAGUUUCGGUUUCAUCGCCCUGUACUUAGCCGGGAAGCUACAUACAUUCAGUCUGGCUGGGAAAGGGCAAUCGUGGAGACUGUGUAUGUUCUUUUUACCGCUCUGCGUCGCUCUCGCCAUCGCGUUAAGCAGAACAUGCGAUUAUCAUCAUCAUUGGCAGGACGUGGCGGCAGGCUCGGUAAUAGGCUACUGUUUAACGUACAUCUGCUACCGACAUUAUUACCCUCCGUUAGACUCGUCGUACUGUGACAGGCCGUACGUCGCGCUCGCAUCGCAAAUUCAAUCGAGCAACAAUGCCAAGUCCAACAAGAACGAGCAGAUUAAAUGGAUCUAA